UUUAGAGCGAAACGGAAUCUUGUUCGAUUUUCAGGAAGGAGCAAACUCACCAUGGAUCAUCAAGUUCACGAACAUAACAUGAGUUCUCCGUCCUCUCCUGGUUAUUUGCCGCAGUAUCUCCUCGGCGGGAAUUCACCGGCUGCUUCGCCCUUCCCAAGAGGAAGACCUUUGGCUGGCUCUUCUCUAGGAUCAUACAAUGGAAGCCCUGGUCAGUCAGGAACAUUUUCAUCACCAAGACAGUACCAGCAUCAAUUUGGAACACCACUUAGAUCUCAAGGACUUGGAAACAAAUUAGAAAGGACGCCUGCAAGAUCAACCACUGUGGGUUGCACAACUAAAGAUUCUGUCAGUGCACCUCCUGUUGAGGGACUUUAUGAUGCGAGAAGUUCAGAUUUCACCAAUUCUCCUUUCAACAGAGAACAGCCAAUGGAUGUGACCAUGGCCACUGCUGUAAUGACAUCUGUUAGAAAGAGUUGUGGUCAUUCUACUCCAGGCAGUAAUGUCACUAUGUCUGGUUUAGAUUCACAACAUUUCAGUCCUCAGCAUGGCCCAGUGUCUUCACCAACACAGACUGAUCCAUUCUACACUCAAGGGAUGGCGAUAUCAAGUGAUGACAUACUGGAUGAGUGCUGGGUCACAGUAUUUGGUUUCCCACCGCCUGCCUCCUCAUUUAUCCUGCAACAAUUUUCUCAAUAUGGUAACAUCAUAAAAAGUGUGACAUCUAAAGGGAACUGGUUGCAUCUUCAGUAUCAGUCAAAACUUCAAGCCAAAAAGGCUCUCAGUAAAAAUGGAAAGAUAUAUGGUAGUGACAUCAUGGUUGGUGUUGUGCCUUGUAUUGACAAGAGUGUGAUGGAAACUUUUAGGAAAGAGAAUAUAAGCACACCAUCAACGACAAAUAGGAAUGAAACCAUGGUAACAUCUACGACAUCGAGUAAACCUGUCCCUGUGCGACCGUUGACUGCUGCUUACCAAGCUGCUCGAAGUGACCAUCGGGUUGUCCCAGAUGGAGCCAGGACUCCUCAGAAAGAAGCAAAUAUUUUCUCUAAAGCAAUGGAGUAUAUAUUUGGCUGGUGAAUAAAUGGACCGUAAAUUCAGCAUAAAAAUUAUCUGUUUCACCUAAAAUUAUUUCAAAAUUUGCAGUGCAUGUGAAACUACUCGUGAAUAGAAAUGAUACUUUUGUUAUGGGAAGCCAAACUAAUCUUAGAGCUUUGAAAGAAAAAUAUAAAGAUCCCUGGAAUAAAGAACAAAGUAAUGCAUACAUUUUUGCCUUGACGUGGUUUGAGGACAUUCUUUGGAACAGUCGUGAAAAAGAACAGAAAUGAUAAAUUUUCAUCUAAACUGGCGUGUGCUGAAGGUAAAUGUUAAAUUUACAGAUGAACACAAGUCCAGAAAAGGGAUCCUGGAACGAACCUUUCCUGUGUAAGCAUGGAUGUUUAUUUUGCAAUGUUUCUUAGAAUACUGCCAUUGUUGAAGUUGAAGUCAAUUAUUCAGAUGUAUGAUUAUAGACUUUUCUUCUGUUGUGAUGAAUGUGCAACUUUUUGUGCUGACCCAGGUAUUGUGAGGAAGACUUUUUUCUUAGUAAUAGCAGCAAAUAAAAUAUUUUUUACAAAGCCUCUAA